AUGUUCAAAUAUUUCGCUCUCGUUUUCGUGGCCCUCUUCGCCUUCGCUGCUGCCGAACCUAAGCCAGCUGUCGUCGCCGCGCCAUUUGCCUACUCAGCCCCAUUGGUUGCUUCGCCCUAUUCCGCCGCUUAUGCUGCUCCCUACGCCGCUUACGCCGCUGCUCCUUAUGCCGCCUACGCUUCACCAUACGCUGCCUACUCUGCUUACCCCUACAGCCCCUACAGCGCCGCCUAUGUGCUCCGCAAGUAAAUGGUGUGUAGCAGAAGAUCUGUGAUAUUAACUAAUAACGAAUAAUUGGCAAUUU